AUGGAGUUGGCACGACCCUCGAAAAGGACUAAUGGUGCUGGUGUACAGGUGGAGGAUACCCAGAUAUGUGUCGUAAUGGUUGGGCUGCCGGCUCGUGGGAAGUCUUUGAUUGCACAGAAAGCUCAACGAUACCUUCGCUGGCUUUCGAUCGAUGCCAAAGUCUUUAAUGUUGGAAACUAUCGCAGGUCCGAUACUCCACAUCCUACGGCCGAAUUCUUCGAUACCUCAAAUGCGGAAGGAGAACGAAUGCGUCGAGCGGCGGCCGAAGCUGCGGUUACAGAUAUGCUGAAAUGGUUCCGAGAAGGUGGGCUGAUUGGGAUUUUGGAUGCUACAAACUCAACCAAAGAGCGUAGAAGGUGGAUCAAAGAGAGGAUGGACAAGAACGGAAUCGAGACUUUAUACGUGGAAAGUAAAUGCGAUGACGAAGAUCUCAUCAUGAGCAAUAUUCUCGAAGUAAAGACGACGUCACCAGAUUAUGUUGGACAGGAUCCCGAAGAGGCUGCGCAAGAUUUUCGCAACCGGAUUCGAAAUUACGAGAAAGUAUACCAGACGAUCGACCAAGACGAAAGCGAUAUGACAUAUUUGAAAAUCAUGGAUGUGGGGAAGCAGGUCAUCAUAAACCGGAUUCAGGAUUAUUUACAGAGUCGGGUGGUUUAUUAUUUGAUGAAUUUACACAUCAAGCCAAGGUCGAUAUGGUUAUCUCGGCACGGAGAAUCAGAAUAUAACUUGGGAGGUCAAAUUGGAGGAGAUGCCGACCUUUCAGCGCGAGGGCAGGAAUAUGCAAAACUCCUGCCAGAACUUGUUCGGAAAUCAGUCGGUGAUGAUCGCCCGCUUACGGUCUGGACCUCGACAUUGAAGCGAACCAUUCAAACUGCACGACAUCUACCAAAACAUUACAAUCAGCUUCAAUGGAAAGCACUGGAUGAGCUGGACUCUGGUGUCUGUGACGGAAUGACGUACGCUGAGAUUAAAGAAGCAUACCCCGAGGAUUUUGCUGCCAGAGACGACGAUAAAUACAAUUAUAGAUAUCGUGGUGGAGAGUCCUACCGCGACGUAGUAAUCCGUCUCGAACCCAUCAUCAUGGAACUCGAACGCUCAGAAGACAUCCUAAUCGUAACCCACCAAGCCGUUCUCCGCUGCAUCUACGCCUAUUUUAUGAAAAAAGACCAAAGAAGCUCACCAUGGCUGAAUGUUCCCUUACAUACCCUGAUCAAACUCACACCUCGUGCCUAUGGCACCGUAGAAGAAUUCACAAGCUCAGGUAUAUCGGCGGUUAGCACGUGGAGAGGCCAGGGUAGCGUGGCGAAACAUGAGGAUCCGACGAGUGCGACUGUCAGUCUUGGGACUGCUGGGGAUGGAGAAGUAGCUAAGGCUUGA